GCUUAUUUUUACAUUGAAAGUCCUCAUACUCAAAGAUUCAUUAUGCUUGCAAGAGACAGAGAUAAUCUGAGGGAGGAAUCCUGCAUUUGACAAUUAAUCCAUAUUUUUGUGAAAUGUGUGUAUGAAGGUUGCUGGCUGCAGGUGUAACCCGGGGUACACAGGGAUGCAAUGCACGGACAACUUCGAUGCUUGUGCAGACAACCCAUGUCAUCCUGGUGUAACAUGCUUAGACCAGCUUCCGCCCUCCAUGGAUUUUAACUGUGGACCUUGCCCUAGAGGACUCACGGGAAAUGGAUCCAAGUGUUAUGACGUGGAUGAGUGUUUGACCGUGCCACCUGUCUGCAAUCAAACAUGUACAAAUGUGCUCGGCAACUAUACAUGCAGCUGCAACAGUGGCUACAUCAAUACCUCUGCAGACAGCUCCCAGUGCCAAGAUGUUGACGAAUGCAUGAAGUUGAUUUCCAACUGCAGCCAAAACUGUAUCAACACCCCAGGGGGUUUUCAGUGUAGCUGUUACAGUGGAUUUCACAGCGUGAAUGGCGUGUGUAAUCCGGAUACUCCAUGUCAGAUGAACAUCUGUAGCGGAAAUGGAACCUGUUACAUCGACAACUUAAAUGCAUCAGCCUGUCAAUGCGACAACGGCUACAUCCUGAACGGCACGAGCAGAACGGAGUGCAUCAACAAGAACGAGUGCAGCUCAUCCUCACUUUGCGACCCCACACAUGGGACGUGCAACGACACAGUGGGCAGCUUUGUGUGUGGCUGCGUGGCUGGGUACAUGGUCGGCAGCGACGGUCGCACCUGCCAGGAUAUCAACGAGUGUCAGAAUGGAAACGCCAACUGCAAGACUUAUUCGUCGUGUCAGAACACCCAAGGGUCCUUCAAAUGCGCAUGCGAUAAUGGAUUCCAAAUGAACGGAACAGAAUGUGUGGACAUAGAUGAGUGCAAAACCACAAACAACUGCACUGGAAACGCUGUGUGUGAGAACACUGUGGGCUACUACCUCUGCUGCUACCCUGGUUAUAAAAGCAAUGGAACUUCUUGUGAGGACGAGAAUGAAUGUUCCAUGGGCAAGCAUAAUUGUACUGUGCAGCAGACCUGCAUCAAUACCGCUGGAUCAUACAAUUGCCAGUGCAAUCAGGGAUACCAGCAAACUGGAUCAACUUGUGUUGACAUCAAUGAGUGCGAUACGACCAAGUGCCCUCCGCUCGCCAAAUGCACAAACAAUCCUGGCUCAUACACAUGUCUUUGCCCAAGCAACUACUGGAAUAAUGGCAAGCAGUGUGUGGCAACAAGUUGCGCGCAGACCACAUGCACAACUGAGUACUGCAGUAAUGGAGGAACUUGCUUGAAUAAUGUGAAUUGCACUGCCACAUGCGCUUGCUUGCCUGGCUACACGGGUGACAAAUGCCAGUAUGGUCUUGACAUUGUCAGUUCAUACAUCAACACAGACUUGCACGUGACAUACUCGCUGUUCAUAUAUGUAUCAUUUGGCACUGAGACUAGUCCUAUAAUUAUAAGUGACAACACUUCAUCAGCGGUUAUAACGAAGUUGAUGGUAUCUAAAAUCUACUACGACUUCAAAGUGAACACUAUCAGUGCCGCAAUACCAUUUAUCCUGAACUGCACUGCUCGUUUUAACUACACAACAAACCAGGAUGUGAAUUCCAUAUACGAUGGGACUCUAAAUUCAACGAUUAAUAACAUCAACUAUAUCACGCGUGCUGCACAACAAAACCUGACACUGCUAAAUUCAACAAUGUCUAAUCCACUUUCCAAGGAUGACCUCCUUAACUACACAGUAUGCAGUACAAAUAUGCCUGGAUACAAAGCUGAGUGGAAUGGCACAUACAACAUCGUAUGCAGGUCUCCCUGUGUGAACUCAAAUUUGUGUAACAAUGGAGGAACAUGUUUGCCCUCGAACACUGGGCCUGUGUGCAUCUGCCAACAAGAAGGACUGUACCAUUCUGAUGGACCCACGUGUGAAAACAUCACUAUCAAAACAUCAGCCUUCUUCGCAAUAUUAUUCGCAAGUCUUGGAAGUUUGGCUUUGCUUGGAAUAGGCACCUACAUAUGCUGGCGAUACAAAACAGGAAGAAGCUACAAUGUAUUUGGGAAUAAACAGAGUUCACGAAUUCGUGACGAAGGAUUAUACCAAUAUAUACCACAUAACCUUCCAGCGUCGUUCACCAGCAAGGCAACGUAAUUGAUCUCCAUCACGAACCUCGAAGCACUUUGGAACUCAAGCAUGAAAAACAACUCCGUAUAUAAAACCCACUAAAUUUAUUGUCUAUAUGCUGUACUUUUGUAAAAGCAAUUUUAAAUUGGAUACAUUCCUACACUCGGUCUACUAUUGGCCAAGUAAUAAUUAAAAUGCAGAAUAUUACGAGACCCUUUUAAUAAUGCUGUAAAAUAACAUGCAGCAUGUUCAAUGGGAAUGUGUUGGCGACAUUUAUUCUUCGGUCAUUUUAAGUAAUUCUAACCAGUUUUGAGCUAUCGACAUAUAUAUACCAAGAAAACAUGCUCAUUACCAUUAUGCAUUGUUUUAAUUGGUUUGCAAUGGAUUUUAAUCAUUCGUAAUCAUUCAUUUUCAAUCCACUGCUGGACGAAAGCUUCACCGUCGCCAUCCUCACACAGUCCUGCGAUGCUACAACUUAUCCCAAUCCUGCGCAUGCGCCGAUCUCAUUCUUCCAUCUCACCUGGUUGGUCAUCCUCUUGAGAGUGUUCCCUCCUUCAAUAGCCAUUCCAUCACUGGUCUUGGCCAUCAACUCUGUGAAGGAAAAUAAGUGGCCUAUGCUCACUUACGUUCGUCAAGAGUAAAUCUGAUUUACAUUUGUUCCCCAGUUCAUGUGUCACUCUUCUGUGGCUCAUUGUAUGCCCCAACAUUCCCAAUUUUCCAAAUAUUUUAAAUGGCAAUACUUUUUAAUGCAAUUUCAUCCAAGGUAUGAUGAGUGGUAAACGAUGUUUUGGUAUUGAAUGGAACUCGAAAAAGGUUUCUUAUUUGUGUGUUGUUAAUUAUUAAUCAUACAGAAUGAGUCAUAUGCAGGUGCCUGUGAUUAACUAUUACUACUGGUAUUUGUUCACUAUAAUGUUACAAAGGUAAUCCCGUUGAUAUUGAACAGUAAUAAAUAUAUUCAGGGAUUUUGAAUGGGAUGAAUUUGGGAAAUUAUAAUUGCACAAUAAAACUGUCAUUAUUGUGCGACAACAACGCAAUAACACGAUAUUUAGUACAAUGUUUAAAGGUAGGCUUGUGAGCCAAGUGUGACGGAUGCUAAAUUGGGGGUGGUUUUUGACAGGUUAUGAUGUGAAAGGCAGUUUUUUAAUCACCGUGUGCACACAGACAUUCAUUUAUGAUUUGAAACAGUGGGUCAUGCUGGGCUUAGAUCAACAAGCCAAAUUAUUGGGUCAGAGUUCACAUUCAUUUGUAACUUCGACCACCUUCACAUCAUCUGCUUAUCAUAGGUUUUGAAAUGACUCCUCAUUCAUAGACAUUUGUAGAGUGCUCAGGGAGGAGUUAUCUGAGCAAACGUACACAUACUGCACGUACGUUAAUUGCAAAUGAAGAUAGGUGUUACAUAUAUUAUAUAUUAAUUGUAUACAUUAUUACAUAGCUUGGGUGAAUGCAACAGUUGUUUACGUGGUUACAAUACAGUAGUUGUGGCAAAUAGUUUGGAAAUACGGUCUACAUUGUGAAUUUUACUGGUUUUGCCUUAGAAAACUAAAAAUGGUGACAUGCCAUUGUGAUAAGCCAUCAGUAAAAAUGUUGCUAUGAAGGCAUGCAUUUAAUCUCCAUGGUUAUGGUUUUAUAACACAUGAAUAUGCAAGUGGAUGAAAGUCAAUGACAAUUACAAUCAAGUCACUUUGUAAAAUAAUACUUACAACACACACACUAUCAGAUAAAGUCCUCCCAAUGCUGUGCCAAGUCGAGGGGGUUGUUUGACCCUACGUCACCACACUGAUCCGUGGAGUUGUGAAUAUGCUUUGCUGGAGCAGAUUUAUUGUCGCCAUAGAGAGGAAACCGAGUAAGAAGCAGGUUCUUUUGCCACCGUUUCCUGAUCGAAAUGUUGCCGUUAUGGCCACCAAAACCAGUGUAAAAUGUAAUGUGAUCACGUAACGUCAAUAAUAAAAUCAUUGCAAUAUUCCAAUAAACAUGUAAACUUUGCUGGAUGUGGUUUUGUCUGAGUGUUAAAUGUGUAGUGGUGUACAUAGUGUGUAUAUAGCGUUGUACCGGCGGAAAGGAUGUACUGCAGGUGUGGGACCUCUCCCUAGCACAUAAAUGAGGGGUUGGGCCCCUAAGGGGCAUGGUCCGGGUGCCAGUGAGUAGAGGCCGUGUGAGGACAUGGUACUCCAGAUGAACCCGGGCAGUGCACGUGACCGAACGAGGGGAUAACGGCGGCCAGGGGGCACGUGACGGGCCACGUGACCGGAGCCCCGACUCUACCAGAAAGAUCUCCCGUCAAGUGGCUAUGAAUAGCCGUGGUGGUUCCCGCCGAAUAUAGAUAUCCCGUCAAUGUUCACGAAGUUACCCGUGGAGGUUACCGCCAUAUAUAGUCUCGCUAUUGAGUGGUUAUGUGUUAGCCCGUGGUGGUCAACAUCUUAAGUAGUUAUCCAGUGGAAGUUAUGUUGUUCAAGGAAUAAACGUGUUGCCUCCAAGUCUUGGCGUGUGUCUGAAUAUAACCCACUACAACUGGUGUUGGAAGUGGUCGAAAAUAUUAUUAAGUUAUAGCCAAGAGUAGGUGUCAUGUUCACACGGAGGCAACGACUUACAACGACGAAUUCGGACGUGGACGAAGCAAUAAUUCCCCAGACAGCCCCAGGGCCCGCUGUCUCGGAAAAAGGUUACGAGAUAAAGUUGCAGCCGGAGCAGUGCGUCAAACGUCACGUCACCGUGCCACCGCCGCCAUCUGAACAGAGCAACGGGCGAGCCGUUCUCGUCUUGCCAAGCUUCUUCAAACUGCGCGGGAAAGUUCUGGCGCGCCGCCCGUGGUUGAGCGGGUCGUUGACUCUGCAAAGGCGAGCUCUCUGCAGAAAAUGACACGUGAAGUGUCUUCACUAGAGCGACGACUCCCCUUCGUGAAAGAAUUCUCCACUAGGGGAGGUUAUUGGAAAGCUUUUCCUCGCCGUUUCUCAGCUAAUUGUGAACUGGCCCAAUAGACUGAGGUGGAAGCGCUACGUGCGCUCCCCACCACUCUUGAUGAUGAUGCCCUGGCGGCGUUUGACACCAUCCCGCCAACUGAGAGGGCCACGCUACAAAAAGUUUUUAACCAAAUGGCAGCCAUCUACGACCCACCGUUGAAUAUAACAUAACAUAAGUUUGCCGCACGGUGGCAGGGGGAGGCCGAGACACCUCUUGCCUUCUGCAGUGCACUUUUGGCAUUGGGUUGGGCGGCCUUCCCGAAGAUGGAAUGAGAGGGGAUGGACUCGAUGGUGCUUGAGUGCAUGCUGGCAUUGGCUGAAGAGCUGGGAGUAGUUUUCCCGGCUACGGAGGAUGAUGACUUCACUUCCCUCAAAAUUGCACGAAUCAUCCAAGCCCAUCUUCAUCUCAAACAACGUGCCGGGGUGGCGGCAUGCACCGCACCUCCCGAGGUGUUGGCUGUACCCGAAAAGACAGAAGAACUUCCCUUGUGCGCCUCCAUCGACAGCGGUGGCUGGAGAAAAGGC